AUGGGUACGCAAAAGUACUUUAUAUUUCUGCUAGUAGCAGUGUGCACAGUGUACGGACAAAGUAGUGUGUUUGAUCAGGAUUUGUACCAGAACGUGUUGGACCCCGAAGAAUGUGAAGCUCAACUCAACUUUUUGGCGAACGAAAAUAUGUUAAGAAACCAAUUUCUCGAUGCCAGUGGCAAAAUACCAAGCAACCUCCUUGGUGGCAAUUGGAAUGACCUGGGAGACUACUUUCAAUGCUUGAGGAUCCGUGAAGUAAUUGAUGAGACAACUUACCAGGGAAAAUAUUGUUCUGUCAGUGUUCCAAUUACAUCUUUACCACCGUUUGAUAUCCCUACAACAGACCCAAGCGGCACAUUCCCUCCUUUCACAUGGCCGCCUGGCUUCACUCUACCUGAUGGCACAACACUGCCAACCGGUUUUACUCCUGAUUGGUUACCUCAAGAAGAAAGUUCAUACAAAUUCAAUUAUCCACCAUUCCCUGAAAUCGACAGUGAAACGCGCCAAGCUGUUGAAACUUACAGUAACUUGAAGAAAUACAUAUUUGGAAUUUCUGGCAUGGGAGAGCCAGUUGAGUCCAUCAGCCAACCUGCUAACAGAGUCUUCCCGAUUUACAUCGCAUCCAGCUUAAGGGCAGUGCUAGGAAUUUGUAUUCCCGCAGUAUGCUCACCAAGCCAAACCAUAGAUUUCAUUGAAUCCCGGAUUCCGUAUGCUAACUUCACAAUUGAGGAGCAGUACUGCAGGCUGCCCGAUGACAAACCUUUAGCUCCUGCUGAUAUCGUUGCGAUUGUCAUCUUCUCUAUUAUUGGACUGUUGCUUAUUGGUAGCACAACUUACGACCUCAUCCAAACUUUCUUAUUCAAACGAGCUCCAUCCCGCAUCAACCCACUGUUCGUCAGUUUCUCCGUGUACACGAACACUCGCCGCUUUUUGACCUUCAAGUCCUCUCCUGGCGCGCUCGAGUGUGUGGAUGGGAUCCGCGCUAUCUCCAUGAUGUGGGUCGUCGUAGGACACACCUACUGCAUGACUUUGCUAAACUACGUACACAACCUUUUUGAUACUGUAGAAUGGCUCACUUCAUUCCAAGCGACAUGGAUCAACUCAGCACCGAUCACUGUGGAUACUUUCUUUUUACUCAGUGGUAUACUUGCUGUAUACACAGUCAUUGGAAAGAUCUCCCGAACACGUUUCAUCAGGACUAUCCAUCUUUUCUACCUGAACCGUUUGCUUCGUAUGUUCCCACUGUUGGCUGCUGUAGUUCUGCUCCAAGCCUCUGCUUUCCACCACGUGUCUGACGGUCCGUACUGGACGAACCCCGCUCACGCCACCGAGAAUUGUCGGGAAUACUGGUGGUCUGCCUUACUUCACAUUCAAAAUUACGUGAACCCUCUUAGAAUUUGCUUAUCCCAAACCUGGUACCUAUCAGUGGACAUGCAGCUAUACAUCGUCUGCCCGAUCGUGCUGGUCUUUUGCUUCGGCUCAGAGAAGCUCUCUUGGUGUGUCCUCACCGGCUUCGUACUGCUGUCCCUCGUGUCAUCCUCACUGUACAGUUUCUUGAAUAACUUCUCUGCUGCAUUAGCUAAUCCUGUGCGUAUCCCUCAAUUCCAAUCUUACGUGCAGACUUACUACCUGAACACUUUGGCUCGUGCUCCUCCCUUCUUCGUGGGAAUGAUCUAUGGUUAUCUGCUGUACUUAUGCAAGGACAAGAAAAUCAGAAUAUCUAAGUUCCAAGUGAUUAUCCUGUGGGCUUUGUCCUUCAUUAUGAUGGCGUUCUGCAUCUUCUCGAUCUACCCCGUGAUGCAGCGAGAGCACAGUGCUCAGCUGUUCGACAACUUCUUGAACGCUUACAUGCGCGCUAUCUGGGCCAUUGGCUUGGGUUGGCUCAUCUUUGCCUGCGUCCAUGGCUAUGGAGGUCCUAUCAACUGGUUCCUCUCGUUACAAAUCUGGAAGCUGCCAGCUCGUCUCUCAUACGCCGUCUAUCUGAUCCACUUGCCAAUUAUCUUCACGGCCGUUGGAAGCUGGGUGAAGCCUUACUACUUCACUGAUGGACAAAAUAUUUACAGAUUCAUGAGUGACUUCUCUCUUUCUUUCUUGUUCGCCUUCAUCCUGUGUAUCUGCAUUGAUGCUCCUUUCUCAACACUUCAGAAGCUUGCUUUGGGUGGUGGCAAAAAGAGACCUCCAAAGGAGACGAAGCCUCCAGUAGAAGAAUCUCCUGAAGUUGUUAGCGCCACAAACGACAGAUUUGUCAAGACAACUUUAUAG